GUAAGAGAUUACAGAUACAGAACCCACCUAGCAGGGUACUACACAGGUAAGAGAUUACAGAUACAGAACCCACCUAGCAGGGUAUUACACAGGUAAGAGAUUAUAUAUCAAACAAGUAGAUGAUAUACAAGUGCCUACAAUGUUCUCAACAUGCUUUACAAUACAGCCUUUCAGAGCAUCUGUGGCCUUCAGAAAGAUCACGCGGUCAUUGAAAUACAACAACAAUUCACUUUCUAUAGCGCUUCACACACGCACACGCGCACCCACACACGCACACACAGUCCCUGUUUUUCACUCUGGAAAUCUGGUAAUCUUAUUAUUAGUGCAGGACUAAUGAGGGCCUUCUAUUAGCUCUGUACCAAAGCCUGUUACCAAAGUUCUGUCUGGCCCAUAAUGAUUUAAACUAACUUGCAGCUUUUAUAUAGUACAGAAUAUAUGCCAGGGAUGUCAAGCAUGUGUAUAACAAAUACCUGUCAUGUGAAGGGCAGCUCAUGUAUGGGAGGGAAAAAAGUGUGCUACACAUCACAGGUGUUUAUAAUUGUCUUUCAAACUCAACCUGUAUAUACAGUAAUAGACUAAAGCAGACAAAAUGGACCACCUUAGUCCACAGGUUAACUUUCCAAAGCCAUAUUGAUUUUUUAAAUGAUUAUUAUUAUUAUUAUUAUUAUUAUUAUUAUUAUUAUUAAAACUUUAUGGAACACAUAACAUGUGUAAAGUAAAUCCAAUACACAUCACGACAUUACAUUAAUAACUUAUAAGCUAUGAGAAAUUCUAAUUAUUGUAAAUAAUGGGAAAUAAUAAUAAUCACAUACUGUAAUGGACAUUUUGGAAGUCGACGUCAUUCUUGGAAGUGGUCUAUACUUUACACUGAGGAGCUUGAGCAGUGACGUAUGCCACCUGCCCUCCUAUCUGAAGCCGCUGUCUUGUCUCCGGGCCGCCGCUGGCCAAUAAGGACGCGGCGAACGUGGUGCCGGGGCGAGAGAGUGAGAGCGUCGCGCGGAACAGAACCGCUCGAGAGAGCCCCCUUCCAAAUGUAACGGCCGCGCUCGAGCUCGGCCAGCCUUCGACGAAGAAGACGAGAGAGCAGGAGGAGAGAGUGAAUCAUGGUACUCAAAACUGAUUAAUUAUCAUCAAUAACAGCACAAGCGACGUAAAAUCCGACCAAAAUUAAGAACCCGUAUUAUAAUUCGAAUAAUUCAUGGAGGUAAGUCAUUUCGGAGGCUGUGUGUAGAGUUUAGACUUAGUUACCAAAGCUACUCUCAAAAAAAUGUGGCCUCGGAUUUUUUUUUUUUUAAAUGAGAAAGUAAAUGGCAAAUAUUUGUUAUGUAAUGUACAGAAGUAAAUAAGUGAAUUUGAAUGAAUAUAUUUAGUUCAUGCUGACAUAUUUACCAAAGACAGUACAUUUCUCUCGAGAAUUGUAUUUUUUUUAUAUUGGAGUAUUGCAAAUACUGUAUAAGUAACGGUAUACGAUAUGAUAACACAGUCAUUCAGAGAUUAAAGUAGAAACGCUUUGUGAUUUUAGAUAUUUAAAUACCAGCGUAUGAGUCGAGCGUUGUCACAGUUUUGCUCUGGUCAGAUAUAGUGUAGCACGUGUGGCCUACCAGUAGCAACUACCAGUCACAAGAGUAGAGGAGUACUUGGAAAAGUCAGCGGUGGGUUACUGCAACUCUACAUGCAUGCAGAUUUUUUUUGCAAGGUAUAAACAGUGAUUGAUAGUUUAAUGUUUGUAUUGUUAACAUUUUUUAUUUGGUCUUUUACUAGCCUAAAAGUGUGCUGAAAAGCACAAACCGUUAUUACACUGGUCCAAGCAGUGGAAGCAUGUCUCUCGAUGUAUUUAACAAUGCAAUGGCAAGCUCGGAUUCUUUCUUCACGCCCUAUAAAUUACAGGCAAAUCAGGCUGCUGAUAACUUAGACCCACUUCAGCCGUUCACGUCUCCACUGGCUUCUGCUGAUUUUUCAAUGCCUAUUGAAUCUCCCCUGCCCUACGCUCCUUGGUCGACGCAAGAAGAUGAAUACAAGCAGUUUGGUUGUUCUCAGAGCUAUAUCAAGAACAGGACUUUGCUCGAUGGAAAUGAAUGUGGCAGUGAAGCAGACCUUUAUGGAUUGGUGUCAAACAUUCUGGAAGAACCAGAUAAAACAGAAACCUUCUUUGCUGAAGGGAGUGCUUCCUCCAAUUUAAAAUCAAUAUGGUCAUCAGACUCAAAGAGGGAGGUCAGCAAGCAAGACUUUCAUACUGAAACUAAAAAGCCAUUAAUUUCAUCCUAUCCACAACACUCAUUGUGCCCAGAGCCAUUCACCAGAGCCAAGAGUCAGUACCUGAACGAUGGCUAUCUAGGAUCACAGCAGAAGACUGAUGAGCUUUAUCAGAGAUUUAACAGUUUUGAUCUUACAGAUCAGUGGCUCUUUCCUUCCAGUGAUGGAGAUACUGACCCUUACUCUUUGCAGACCCAGGAAAGUCACCAGAGUGUCUCCUAUGCGGGUAAUUCUUUCAUGCUGCAGAGCAGACUGCCCAGUACAUUGAAGGAAUCAGAGAGGUCUGAUGUUCAUACAUAUAGAAAAGAUACUGGGUUCAGCAGCACUGAUUUACUGCCUGAUCAGACAGCAGAUAUCGCCUCAUCUCGUUUUCUGCCAAACAAGAUUGAUGAUGAGUUCAGUGGUCCUUACUCUGAAUUCUCUCAGUACAGUAGAGUCAAACAAAGUAAAUUCAUGCAAUUUUCAUUGCAAGAAGGGAAGAGAAUGGCCAACAAGCCUGCAGUACCAACUAUUGAACUGGAUUAUUUCAGUAAGGGGUCCCAAGCAAAGCAGACAGGACCGAAACGAUUUGAAGACCAGAUUUCAGACCAGCAGAAUUUUAAAUAUCCCAAACCCUUUGCUGCUGACACUCAAGAAAAGCAGUUUAAAAAAGAGAUAAUGUUGGGCAAUGACUUUGGAUUGAAAAGCACACCUGAUUGUGGAUUCAAGACACAAACACUAGGUAAUGAUUAUGGUAAGAAACAGUUAUCAGAAUUUAAUCCACAGCAUGCUGAAUAUUUCAAGCCACCAAGUACUCUGUCUGGUUCAGUGUACACAGGUGGUUCUUUCCAAAGCAGACAAGCCUGGUCAAGCAUCCAGAAAUGUAGUAAUGUCACAACAUAUCAGAACCAAGGCAGCCAGUAUCAGAAUCAAGGGAAUCAGUUUCAGAAUCAAGGAAACCAGCCAAAGCCAAACAGCCAGGUGCCCAGUCUUUCAAAAAUGCUGUCGCAUUCCUUGUCAGAGUUUGUACCACAAGCUGCCCAGCAGUCUCCAAGGAGCAUCUCUUACUUCCCAGAGUACAGCCAGGAUGAAGAUUCCAAGUUCUGUGGCACAGAGUUCACCUACAAAAGCACCAGCCAGGGUCAGUCAGCUGCUAAUAUAGAAGGAAUUAGUAAAGCAAUUGGAGAAAGUGAGAUGCAAAUACAGUCUGAUAAGAAAACAAAGCAAGGGAGUCUCCUCUGUGAGGGAUUGACUUCUCAACGAUACAGUGCCUACGACAUUCCUGGGAAACAGAACCCAUCGAGGAAGAACCCAGGCGAGGGGGAGAAUAGACAGGGCUUGUUGAAGAAUCCCUAUCUUGAUUUUCUAGAAGGUUAUUACAGCCCUCAAAGGCAAGCUGGUGGAGACAACAGCUUAAAUAGCCAUGGAAAAAAACCUCCAAAUUUGUGCUUACCUUAUCUGUAUGCAACAGCUGACACCAGGCAAAACACCAGCCACCUGCAACUUGGCCCAGGGAGUUUUCCCUCGAGGUCCAACCAUCCUUACAGCAAUUCUGUUACACCUAUGAAUCUGAAUGAGCUGCUUCCAGUUGAUGAGUUCAAUCACUUUUACCCCUAUUUUAAUGAUUUUCUUUGUGGGGAUAUGCCUUUUCCCAGCAUAGCGCCACCUGUUAGAUUCCCCAGACUGCUAAAGAACCGCAGCGGGCCUGCAAAUGAACUUCAUGUUCGGCUGGAGGAGUGUUAUGAACAGUGGAGAGCAUUAGAAAAGGAAAGAAAAAAGACCGAGUGUAUUCUGGCAAAGAGCCAUCCUGGAAAACGAGUGUCAAGUGCCAACAGCAGUUCCGCUCCGAGGCUCCCCUCUAACCCUUCACGGGUCGAUCGACUGAUUGUGGAUCAGCUACGGGAGCAAGCCAGGGUUGUGGCUCUGCUGGGAAAAAUGGAGCGUCUGCGCAGCUUCCCUCUCCACGCCAACAUUUCUACAGCACUGGAUAGACACCUGGAAGCCAUUUACAUCACACAAGCACGGAGAAAAGAUGAAAUUAUCAACACAUCCAAUCGCCAGCGACAAGGAGCACCUCGGUGUCAGGAGGACAGAGAUGUGCUAGGGCUGGCGGCAGCAGUAAAGGACAUGAGUGCAGCUACAAGGAAAUCUCGCACCGCACUCUGGUGUGCGCUGCAGAUGACACUGCCAAAAACUGUGACAGGUAACAGAGAGGGACAGACAGACAUGGAAAGCAUAUCACAGGGAAUAGCAAGCUGUGGAGAGGAGAACUAUGACAGUGUCUGCAGUACUAUCAGAGAAUAGAAAGAAGUGAUCUGUUUGCAAUCCAGGCAGACAGAACCUCAGUGUAAGAACAAUUAAGACACAUGAUUUUAUUAUGCAUAAUAUGAAUAUAAAUAAUCAGAAAUUAUCCAUUACUUAAAAUGUUAGUUCAUGCUUGACGUUUUAAGUAAGUGAGGACUGAGGAGGUUAAAUAACAAGUAAGGAAGCUGAUGUUGCCUGCUGUGGUUUUAAAUAUUUAUUCGAUUUUGAAUUUCAUAUUUCAUGUACAGCACCUUAUUUUUCCUAUGUAAUCCUGAAUCUGAUUAAACUCCAAUAAGACAUUUUUAAGGUAAAUUCCACAGUGGCUGUUUGAACACUGCAUUAUUAAUGCAACUAAGCUAAUGGUCAGACAGAUUCUAAGCCAAAAUGAAAAGGUAUACAUUUAGUCAUAUUGUUGCCAGAAAUAAAUACAUAAGUAGUCAAAUUUAAAAACACCUGCAAUUAAAAAAAAAAAAAAAAUUAUAGAAUGCAGAAAUUAUUGAAUCAGA